UAAGCAUCGGAACAUUGAUGUAAGUCUUGGAAAAUCCGUUUGUGCUUAGUGUGAAAUCUGUAGCUCACAUGGCCCCUCCAUCAGCUCGCCGCCACCAUGCUCAGUGACAAUACGGAGAAAUCCAAAAACCCGUUAAAGAAAGCUAUCCGCAGGCGGAACGCAAAAACUGUCCAAUUCAGCACUCCGCAGGCCACGUAUUUCGACGCGUCCGACUAUGAAUACAGCAGCAGCGACGAGGAGGAGGACGAUGAACUGGGAGAACUGGCCGGUGCCCAUGGCAUCAUGACCAAAGAGUCUGAUGAGUUGAUUGACGAACCAGAUCGAGGAGAUGUUUCGCAUAUCGCUCCAUUAAAUGUGAAAUCAGCUUCAAAGGAGACCUCGACCGAGAAUCUGCAGAAUAUAGAUUCUGACAACGCAGAUGAGGAGAGAAGGAAGGACGUGGAUAGCGCGAGGACAAGCGACGAGAUUUUUGACCGGCAAUACUCUGGGCCUGGAAAAUCCAGAAACGGCACAAUCCGCAACACGGACUCGUUUUUCAAGGACAAUACCGUGGAGACCAAGAAAAUCACCCUCACCCCGAAUCUGCUCAGGGAUGCAGACAGGGGCCCUGCUGAAUUUAGAGAACGCGGUACUAGUUUCGAUAGCAUCGAAAAGAACCUCCAGCCGGACAAAGCUAAAGAGGACAAGAAAAAGAAGGAAAAGAAAGGAAUGCUCAGCGGACUCUUCAAGCGCAAAGACAAGAAAGGCAAGCCUGCGGACUCGGAUGGCUCAGACGAAAAGGUGUCCUACGAGAAAUCGUCCGAGGAGUACAUUCGGGGCUCGGCUAGGGUCUCUGAAGAACUCUCGCCAACCGAACGCGGCGGUACCGUACAACCUGCCGAUGGCGAUCGGCUCCAGCGCAGUGGGAGUCGUGGCAAGCUGCAAAAGCCUCGUCCAGGCGAUCUAUCUCCGUUUGGAGCUCAGUCUGCGGAUCGUUCACCCGAAGGCACAUCUCCACAGCCACAUUCGCCUGUCGUAUCAUCCAACGGCGCGCAGCAGACGAUGAGACUCAUUGAACCAGACACAGACGCAAACCGAGACGAAAAACUGAAUCUGCGGCUCAGGCCUGUCGACAGUCUGGAGAAUGCAAAGGCUCACAACGUACAAUCCUCCAACUCAUCUAAGCCUAUUCGUGUCAAGCCGGCGCAGACAAGGAUGGAAUUGGACGAUUUCGACUCGUCUCUAGAUGAGAUUGAGCAGCCGACAGACAUGCAUGUGAACUCCGGUGCUCCGCAACGACAGGAAGUGCUAAACACUGGGGGAGGAGAGAUCGCCGAGCGACUUUCCGAAUCGCCUGUGCAGAUAUCUCCUGUGGACGAUCAUAAUGGCGACUUGUCGCAGCCCCCCGCUCUCGUAGGGGACACGUCAAGUCAGGAAGAAAACGACUCGCUUGGGUCAUCGCCAUCCAUGCAUGAUAUUUCUUCUCUCGACGCGAAUGGCGCUGCCACAAGCCAAAGCUUCCCUCCUCCGCCGACGCGUCCACCUCCAACGCCACAAGCGGCCCUCGAUCUAGCAGUCUCAUCUCCAUUCUCCCCAUCCCCAAGCAUGACUCCGACUCCCAGUGCUGUUCCUGGUGCUUUCCCCUCCCAGGCGACCCCCGAUUAUCAACAAAAAGACAUGCAUGCAGCCCAACACGACUCAGCAUUCCAGCAUUCUUCGAUCCCCUCCGCACCUCCCCGACCCGUUACGCCCCCCUUCUCCGCUGCGCACCUGCGAGCCUUCCUCGAUGAUCCCGCGCCCGUUCGCGACUUGCUACUCGUGGUCCACGACCUCAACGGCGUCGUCCCCGUCGGCCCUGAGCAUCCGAUCAUGGCAGGCCUGUUCGACCAGGAGCGAGGGGAUCUGGAUAAGAUGGGGAAGACGCUGGAUGGGUUGUUGGGAGGUUGGUUGGAGAGCCGGACGGGGAAAGUGGCAGGCGUGGAAAGAAAGGGAUGAAAAUGUGGAGGUUUAUGAUGUGUUUUACGAAUUGUCCUGGGAAGGUGGGGUUUCCUUCUUCUUAACGGAUUCCGAUGUUCAUGACCAUGACCAAUGGCGUUGACUUUUCCUCAUGGAAGAUGGAGUUCUGGUUUCGUGGAAUAUUUUCAACUUUCUUCA